AUGGGAACCCGGGCAUUUUCCCAUGACAGUAUUUUUAUCCCUGAUGGGGGAGCAGAAAGUGAGCAGACAGUUCAAGCAAUGUCACAGGACAACAUCCUGGGCAAAGUCAAAACUCUUCAGCGGCAGUUGAGCAAAAACAUCAAGUUUGGGCGGCCACCACCCAAUGCCAUUCCCAUGAAGAAGGCAGACAGUGGUGAGGCUAGCUUAGAAGAGGAUCUGUUCCUGACCAGUCCCAUGGAAAUUGUGACUCAAGAGGACAUCAUCCUCUCAGACACCGAGAACAAACCCAGUGACACUCCAAGUUCUCAGAGUCCUCCGAAUCGGCCUGGAGCCAGAAGUGAGAUGGAAGAGAAGGUGGCUCCAGUGAAACCGUCUCGGCCAAAAAGGCACUUCUCUUCUGCUGGAACCAUCGAAAGUGUCAACCUAGAUGCCAUCCCCCUGGCCAUCGCUUGCCUGGACAACAGUGCCGCCAAACACAAAUUGUCCGUAAAGCCAAAAAACCAGAGGGUGUCCAAGAAGCACCGGCGGCUUGCCAGGGAUCGACCAAAUGAACAUGGUGGCCUUCUGCGUCAGCCCUCCCUGGACCAGAACGGACACGCUGGAGAAGACAAGCCAAUUUGGCACGAAGAGGAACCAGAGCUGCUGGACUCCGAAGAAGAGAAGAGAUGCCAAGAAGAAUACUGGCUAGAACUUGAGGCCAAGUGCAAACGGCAGAAGGCUGAGGCAGCUGAGAGGAGACGUCUGGAAGAGCAGAGACUCCAGGCCCUGGAGAGGAGGCUUUGGGAAGAGAACAGAAGCCAAGAGCUCUUGGAGGAGGAAGGAGAGGACGAGCAGGGAGAGGAGACAGAACUGCAGCUGGAGGCAGAAAAAAGGCCACGCGGAGAGGAGAGGCAGGGACUGGGAGAGCAAGGUGGCCAAGGCCAAGAGCCGAGGGAGCAAGAAGAAGGAAGGCACCCGGAGGCCCAAGAGCAGGCGCGGAGGCUGGAAGAGGAGCAGCGGUGGCGGGAAGAGGAGCAGCUGCGUUUGGAAGAGGAGCAGCGGCGGCGGGAGGAGAAGCGGCUGCUGGAAGAGGAACAGCGCCGGCGGGAGGAGGAGGAGCAGCGCCGGCGGGAGGAGGAGCAGCGAGAAUGGGAGGAGCAGCGGCGGCGGGAGGAGGAGCAGCGGCGGGAGGCGGAGGCAGCGGCCGAGGAAAGGGCGGAGCUGGGAAAGCUGGAGGAAGUGGAGGCCGCGAGGCGGCAGGAAGCGGAGCGUCGGGAAGACGCGAGAGUGCGCGAGGAGAGGUGGCAGCAGCUGGACGACAAAAGGGGCUUGAGCCCACAUCAGGUGGACUUGGCAGAGAAACCUGGGAAACGAGAGCACCUGCUGCCCGAGAAGCAUUGGGAAAGCUCCAAGGAAUCCAGGAUUUGCGAGAAGCAGAGUCAGGAGGCCGAGGCAGCCGGCGAGCCGCAGGGACGGCGCGGGGCUGGUCCUGGGCAUGGCCGUCGUGCACGUCCGGAAGAGAGACCAGAAACUAGCGCGCAGCCUCCCCAGAAACACGAGGCGCAAGUGGAAGAGGCUCCCGGGGAGAGGAAGGACGCCGCCGCCCCAGAAAAAGACAGAAAGGGGGAGGAACUCCGGUGGCAGGAAGUGGACGAGAGGCAGAGCAUGCCCAGGCCCUACACUUUCCAGGUGUCAUCGGGAGGGAAACAGAUUCUCUUCCCCAGAGUCAAUUUGAGCCCAGUGACGCCCGUGAGAGAUGUGGGACUGGCCUCCGCUCCCCACGCGCCGAAGACCCCCCGAGCCAGCGCGGCCGCCCACGCCCUGCACUCCUCCCUGAGUGUCCCCCACACAGCCAUUCUGGUGACGGGCGCGCAGCUCUGCGGCGCGGCGGUCAACCUGAGCCAGAUCAAGGACACGGCAUGCAAGUCUCUCCUGGGCUUGUCAGAAGAAAAGAAGCACGUGGAUGUCCCUGCCCUGGAGAGCGCAGCCCGCGCGCCUCUUGAGCCCCGGGCAGGCAGCGGGAAGGUCAGGGCCCCCCAGGAGUCUCCGAGCAGCGUGGCCGCGCUAGCCGAGUGGGCUUCCAUUCGGUCCAGGAUCCUGAAGAGCGCGGAGGGUGAGCCGCGCAGCGAGAGGGGCCGGUCUCGGCCGGGUGAUGAGCACGCUCCCAGGGCCCGCAGUGAUUCCCGCGGGAACCUCCGGAAGACCCCCCCAGUAAGUGCGAAGUUCUCUAUUAUGCCUGCCUGGCAGAAAUUCUCUGACGGUGGCACCGAGACCUCCAGACAGAACACAGAAGCAGAGAGCAUUAGAAAAAGACCCUCGCCGGGAGCCGGCGACGGCUCGGUGCCCCAGCCCCUGGCUACUAACGAGCUCCCCAAGGGCGCGGAGAAACCAGAGCCAGCAGACACCACAGACGGGUGCAAAUUUGCCAAAGACCUCCCGUCUUUCCUUGUCCCAAGCCCUGCCUACCCGCCUCACAAAGCCGUGGCCCAUGCAGAAACCAUGGCCGCUGCGGACAGUGAGAGCACCAGCGGGAGAGGAAAGCCGGACCCCUCGAUGCCUGGCCAGGAGGAAAAAGCCUCACCUUUCGGAAUAAAAUUGAGAAGGACCAACUACUCCUUGCGCUUCCACUGCGACCAACAGACAGAACAGAAGAAGAAGAAAAGGCACAGCAGCACCGGGGACGGUGCCGAUGGCGGCCCGCCCGCACCAGGGAGCGCAAAAGGAGAGGAGACGGAAGCCGUGGCCCCCAAGCAUGGCCCGGCCCUGCCCGCCGAGAGGAAGCCUGCCCUGUCCGCCUGGAAGGACUCGGCCGCAAGAGCCCACCCUUCUCCCGCGGCCCCGCCGGCCGGCAGCCAGACCCCCGCCGCAGAGCACGACAAGGCGGCCACCAAAGCGCCCCCGGCGCAGAAGCCAGCGCUGGCCCCCAAGCCCGCCGGCCAGACGCCCCCCUCGUCCCCACUCUCCAAACUGAGCAGGCCCUACCUGGUAGAGCUGCUGGCCCGCCGCGCGGGGAAGCCGGACCCGCCCGAGAGCAGUGACCCCCGGCCGCCGUCGCCGCCGCCGCCGCCCGCAGAGCCGAGGCGGGCGCACCAGAGGGAGGAGGAGGAGGAGGAAGUGGUGGAACCGGAGCGCAAACCCGCUUCCCCGGCCCAGCCGGCCGCUCGGCCGGAUAAGCCUUCCCAGACCCCCGAGGCCGCGAGGAAAGAAAAGCCAGUUCUUCAGAGCAGGCACUCUUUAGACGGCUCCAAACUUGCGGAGAAGGUUGAAACUGUGCAGCCACUGUGGAUAACAUUAGCACUGCAGAAGCAGAAGGGGUUUCGAGAGCAGCAAGCAACUCGAGAGGAGAAGAAGCAAGCCAGGGAGGCCAAACAGGCCGAAAAGCUCGCCAAAGAGAACGUCAGUGUCGGCCCACAGCCCGGAAGCAGCAGCGUGAGCAGGGCGGGGUCCCUGCACAAGCCCACCGCCCAGCCGGAAGAGAAGAAGCCAGAGACAGCAGCGUCCAGGCUUGAGCGCAGAGAACAGCUGAAAAAGGCCAACACCCUUCCUACAUCUGUGACAGUGGAGAUCUCGGAUUCAGCCCCUGCCGCGCCGCUGGUGAAAGAAGUCACAAAGAGGUUCUCAACCCCAGAUGCUGCCCCCGUGUCAACAGAACCAGCCUGGCUGGCUUUGGCCAAAAGGAAAGCCAAGGCCUGGAGCGACUGUCCACAGAUCAUUAAGUAG